UCCAGGUCAGGAGCAACGGCACGUUGGCACGGCGUCACUUCACUUUUGACGCACAUCAUUCACGCUGACAUCAAACUUUUGAUUGUUGAUUGAAGUGUUGUUCUGUUUCGAAAGAAACACACAGUUAACAUUUAAACAUGUCUGAAGAGUCGUGGGCAGUUUCUGUCGAUGUUCAAGAAGCUACAGCUCCAUCCAUACAGGUGGACUUCUCAAAGAAAGUUGACCGACUGCAUGGCCCACGAGACAUAAGAGGAGACAUAAAUGGCAACAUUGAGCCGGAGAAGACUGAAGAUGGAGGUUUGAGUAGAAUCGUGGACAUGGCUGAACAGUCCCUGUUGAACAAACUGAUCCGCAAGUGUCUGGUGCGGAACAGAAACCAGGUGGAGGUCCUGCAGCAGGACCCCACGUCUCCUCUGUACUCCGUGAAGACCUUUGAGGAGUUGAGGCUAAAACCUGAACUGCUGAAGGGCGUGUACAACAUGGGGUUCAACAGACCAUCGAGGAUCCAGGAGAGCGCUCUGCCCAUGAUGCUGGCACAGCCAACUCAGAAUCUGAUCGCCCAGGCACAGUCUGGCACGGGUAAAACUGCUGCUUUUUCUCUGGCCAUGCUCAGCCACGUAAACCCAGAGAAUAAGUGGACUCAGUGCCUUUGCAUCUCGCCAACAUACGAGCUCGCUCUGCAAAUCGGUCACGUAAUCGAGCAGAUGGGGGAAUUCUGCCCCGAUGUGAAACUGGCCUACGGUAUCCGGGGAAACAGACUGGAGCGAGGCGUCAAGUUGCAGGAACAGAUUGUCAUUGGAACACCGGGCACGGUCCUCGACUGGUGCACCAAGUACAAGCUUAUCGACUCCAAGAAGAUCACUAUGUUUGUGCUCGACGAGGCUGACGUGAUGAUCGCCACGCAGGGUCAUCGGGACCAGAGCAUACGGAUCCACAGACAGCUGACGAAGGACUGCCAGAUGCUCCUCUUCUCUGCCACCUUUGAGGACUCUGUGUGGAGGUUUGCAGAGCAGGUGGUUCCCGAUCCCAACAUCAUCCGGCUGAAACGCGAAGAGGAGACCCUGGACACCAUCAAGCAGUUCUAUGUGAUCUGUCGGGAGAAGGAGGACAAGUUCACGUCGCUCUGUAACCUGUACGGGAGCCUCACCGUCGCACAGGCCAUGAUCUUCUGCCAUACUCGGAAGAUGGCUGCUUGGCUGGCUUCAAACCUGAUCGCAGAGGGGCACCAGGUGUCCUUACUGAGCGGGCAACUGACGGUGGAGCAGAGAGCCGCCGUCAUCGAACGCUUUCGGAAAGGCAAGGAGAAAGUCCUCGUGACUACAAACGUGUGCUCCAGAGGUAUCGAUGUGGAACAAGUGUCUCUUGUGGUGAACUUUGACCUCCCCGUGGACAUGGCUGGGAAUGCCGACAACGAGACGUACCUCCACCGGAUCGGCCGCACGGGACGCUUCGGCAGAAGAGGAUUUGCGGUUAAUAUGGUCGACAGCAAACGCAGCAUGGAUAUCAUCAACCAAAUUGAGAUGCACUUCAACAGGAGCAUCACGAAGCUCGACACCAGCAAUCUGGAAGAAAUGGAGAAGCUGAUGAGCUGAAGUGCUACGAGCAUGACGUAACACCGGAACAGUUGGACCAGUUACCUCAACUGUUGAGUUCUUUCCAGGGUUUAUUGUUUACAUUCUAUUGUUUACAGAAGAGAGAUGCAUGCUAAUGUUCACUAUGCAAACUUAUUUCACGGCGGUAAGUUGUGCCGACGUUUUUUUUUUUCAUUUGAUGUGUCCGACUUUGAUUGAUCACUGAAGUCACCUUUAAGCCUUUAAGCGGUCUACCAGAGACUAUAAACCAACCACUGGCUGUUAAAACAGCAUUUAAGAAGGGUGGUGACGACACUACAGUCCACGGUUUGCAGUGUUGCGUUCGAUCAUCUAAAGUUAAUUAUUCAUGUAGGAUUAGAGAGAUAUAAGAAUGUGAC